GGGUGCCUGGCGCAUGGCUGGCAUUGGCCCUCUUCCCCACAUACUGGACCACAACCCCCAGGAGAGACACCCACAACAGAGUCACUCAACAGAGGACCAUCCCACCUCCUACUCCUGCACCAUCACCUCUCUCACCCCCACCAAAGUGUCCUGCACAGCAGCCGGCCUGUCCGCAGGCUCCUACAGACCCAUGGUGACCGUGGCUGGGGCUAGGGCAGUUGUGGGCAACAAGGUGUCCUCCACUACCCUGCCCGUGGCCUCUGCCCUAACACCUCAGUCCGGCAGCAUCAACAGAGGUGCGGUGCUGGUGGGGAACAGCUCGGGGUUCAUUCCCGGGUACAUGAUGGUGGUGGUUGGUGGUGCUGAGUGCCCCAUGCUGCAGGAGAGUGCCAACACCAUCUCCUGCCGCCUGCCACCUGGCAUUGAGGGGGAGGCAGCGGUGGUGGUCAGUGUGGCCUGCAGUGAGAAUGUGAUGGCUGCCAAAGCAUUCACCUACACUGCAGCCGUCACCCCCAUGCUUCUCUCUGUCACGCCCUCUACUGAUGUGGUGAGCAGCACCACCCUCACACUGGAUGGCACUGGCUUCACUCUGUCCGGGGGCACUCCUGAGGUCACCGUGGGGGGCAAAAGGUCCCAGCACUUGGAGGAGGGAAACAUGAGGUGGUUGUGAGGGAUGCAGUGUAUGGAGACUCCAGCAACUUGUCCAUCUCCCUCAUCUUCUCUCUCACCUCACUCACUCCCUCCUCAGGGAGCUUUGGGGGUGCUAGGAUCAUGCUGGCAGGUCAGGGCUUUGACCCAGAUGGCGGCUCCUUGGUGACCUUGUGUGACCUGCCCUGUGACCUUGUGAGCAGCGACAGCACCACAGCCAUAACCUGUGUGG